UGCACCGGCACCACCACCGCUGAGUUCUCAAUGAGUAAAGAUGCUUCAGAUACUCUUCUUAUCUGCUCUUUCUGUCUCAGCAAUUUUGAAUUUUGUAGGACUCGUUGUAAAUCUGUUUAUCGUAGUGGUCAACUACAGGACUUGGGUCCAAAGCCACAGAAUCUCCUCUUCUAAUAGGAUCCUGUUCAGCUUGGGCGUCACCAGAUUUAUUAUGCUAGGACUGUUUCUCCUGAACAUUAUCUAUCUGUUCACCUCUCCACAUGUCGAAAGGUCAGUCCACCUAUCCACUUUUUUCCUGUUGUGUUGGAUGUUUUUGGAGUCUACUAGUCUCUGGCUUGUAACCUUGCUCAAUGCCUUGUACUGCGUGAAGAUUACUGACUUCCAACACUCAGUAUUCCUCCUGCUGAAACGAAAGCUGUCCCCAAAGAUCCCCAGGCUGCUGCUGACCUGCGUGCUGAUCUCUGCCUUCUCCACUCUCCUGUAUGUUGUGCUCACACAGACAUCACCCUUUCCUGAGUUUCUGACUGGGAGCAAUGGUACAGUAUGUGACAUCAAUAAGAGCAUCUUGUCUUUGGUGACCUCCUUGGUCCUGAGCUCCUUUCUCCAGUUCAUCAUGAAUGUGACUUCCGCUUCCUUGUUAAUACAUUCCUUGAGGAGACAUAUACAGAAGAUGCAGAAAAACGCCACUGAUUUUUGGAAUCCCCAGACUGAAGCUCAUAUGGCUGCUAUGAAGCUAAUGAUCUAUUUCCUCAUCCUCUACAUUCCAUAUUCACUUGCUACCCUGCUACAGUAUCUCCCUUCCGUACGGAUGGAUUUGGGAGCCACAUCCAUCUGUAUGAUUAUUUCCACCUUUUAUCCUCCAGGGCACUCUGUUCUCAUUAUUCUCACACAUCCUAAACUGAAAACAAAAGCAAAGAAGAUUCUUUGUUUCAACAUAUGGUGGAAUUUCAGUAGUAAAUAG